GUCCCAAGUGCGUCAGAUAAUUUUUGGUUUGCUUUAAGCAAGGGGAUCCCCCCGUCUGUUAUUACGUUACUCGAUAAAAACAUCAAAUAUCACCAUAACAAAGCCUUCAGCACCAGUUAUACAGAGAAAGGCAUUUUCUUCCGCUUGGAAGAGACAGAAAUAUUUGUUAAAUGAGACAGAGAAAUAUUUGUUAAAUAAUGUUGAGGUCAGGCGAGAAUUUAACCGAUCCCUUGCUGCCUUCCGGUGAAGAGAUUUAUGGGGAAUUCGAAGGUGGUUUAGAUAUCUUUGACGAUGAAAGCAUAUUUUGUGACACCUCACGGUACCAGAGCAAGGGACAGAUAAACCAGGACGACAUGUUUACCACCUCUACUGAGUCCUCGGUUCUGGGAAGCUCCCAGGCGAACAGCCACAUGUUCACAACAUCAACAGAAUCAUCAGGAAUGGGUAGUUACAGCACCUCAGAUCACAGCGUGUCCGGGCCAAAUCCAGGGGAUGCCCAUUCCUUUAAUCACAGAGGAGCCCCAAAGGCGAGUCAUCCCUAUAGGGGUCAAGGUUGUCAAGGAAACAGCAAACGGGCUGUCAAUCAAGAUGAUGGGUGGAAUGUGCAGUGCGCAGGGAAGGGUAGUCUUGUUACAAUUGAUCAGUCAAGGCCACAUACAAGCCCGGAGCAAGCAUCGGGUUACCUUUCAGACGCCACUACCGAGAAGUCCCUGACGUUACACGACGGACAUGGGUCCCUCGACAAGAUUGAGCCGACAAUAGGCCCACUUCUUAAUAGUGUCCCAAACUUUGACCCGAACCUGUACAUCGACGCCAAUAUUGAGUUCCUAGACAUGGAUGGGCGAGUGUUCGAAAAACAACAAAGUCGUAAGGGCAAAGUAGCCCGACAAACGAUCAAAGAAGGCAAGAUACGUGUGCUUGUAACAUCUGAGCGGGAAGUGCAAGGGAUGAAAGUCUGGGUUCGAAGGCAGCCAAAGGCAGCUGAGCAAUGUGGAGACACUAAUGGGGAGACGGAGCUAGAGACACCUCAGUGCAUCAGGCACGCCGAGCGCAACCAGUGGCUUUUCGUGGUGGAUUUAGACUCUGUCUACAAUGGCCGUGAGAGACCUGUGUACAAGUUGGCCCAAGUGGAGACGAACGAGCGUAACCUGUUUGAGCUACUUGCUCACGUGAUCUUUACUGACCAUGGCGUGAGCGAGAAGGUUGUCUCUAAACCCUUCCUAGUACGAACCAAGAAGGACAAGAAGCUAUCUACAACAGAGGAAGAGGAGGCGCCACUUCUCACCGGAUCCAAGCGGCCUCACACGUGGCAUCAUGGUCGACUAUUUUCAAAGAAGAAAAACCGUCUCUCAGACCGUUUAAGUUACAACUCGCCAGAAUCUCCGCUUAGCUAUUCUAGUUCAUCGUCCUACGACAGUGGAAGUGGUUGCCGGGUGGAGAAGGUAGUGGUUGAUCACCUGGAGGCUCAGCGCGCGCACAUCAAACAGCUCACCUUUGACUACAUGCUCCAGACGCGUAGAGGAGACAUCGCUUAUCAUCUGCGGCUCACAGAUCAAGCUCGCGACAAAAACCUGACCGAGGGGGUGGUGGUAGGGUUCUUCCCCACGCAGGACGGUGGGACCGAAAUCGAGCCCUUGACUGGUGAGAAUGUCAAGGAGGCCGUGAUGGCGGGCGUUAUCAGUAGAUCGGCUUAUUUAGAAGCCCAGGCCCCGGCUAUCAAAGACAAAGGCAAAACGGACAGUGUGUGCGUGAUAGGGAUGGUAAGUGUGCAAGUGACCGGUAGUGUGCAGCCGGGUGAACGGGUCUUCACCUCAAACGAACACCCAGGAACCGCCAUUCCUGAGUCCCACCUUCCAGUCGGCGCAUUCAUCACAAAUAGGAACACCCUCCUGGGUAUGGCUAUGGAGGCUAGCGUGCCGAAUAAGCCAGGGGGGUGCAACUUGGUCAAGUGCUUUGUCUGUAUUGUGCUGGGUAUUGGAAAUCAACAGUUGGCGAAGGAAGUUGAGAAUAUUAUGAACGGAACAGAACGCAGUUUGAAGGAGGUCAUCAAAGUAUCAAAAAGGACCUGGAAAAAGACGAAGCUUCUGUUGAUGAUAGCCGCCGUGGUCUUGGGCUUGCUCUGCUACAUGUUGUACGAGCUACGGGCCCCAGGGACUGCGUACCGGUACUGGAGAUGCCAACAGGGGGGCAUUAAGGGCUCAACCCUGUCUUACAAAUUCCGCUACCAGGAGGGGAGGGAAGUUCGAGUCAAUGGAUUGGAGUUCUCGUAUUCAAACCUGCUAAAGAAGUUAUCGGGGACAGCGGACGGGUCGUACGAUUUUCCUCGUUUUAAACCAAGCAAUGACACAGGCUUUUUAGGUGCUCGCUACUUCCUCAACAUAGAUCGAUGUGCGUUUGGGGGCGAACGUGACGCGGGAUUCUGGGGCCCGACGGUAAGAGGCGCCAUUGCUCUGGUUAUCCGCCGCCCAUGUGAGGGCCCUGUCUACAAGUUCCAGUGGUCUGGAAGAAAGAACAAAUGGUGCUAUUAUUAUAACACGCUGCCCAAAUUUGUUAAUAUUACGUGCUCUAGGGGUGACCAUCCUCAUGUAACGCACCUGCCACUCUCGUACCAGCCUUGCCGCCCCUAAUAGAACUUGCUCAUACCACCGGUCCGGGCCGGGGGGGGGGGGGGGGGGGGAGGGUUUCGUUUACCCAUAAAGCGGACCAUUUUCUACCUCGUACCUCCUUAAUUAUGACGGACCUUUUAGUCGAGUGGAGUGGGGGAUGGGGGAAGGUUGUUCCAAACCCCCUUGGCUACGGGCCUGAGUAUAUAAUAUUUCCAAGGUUAAAUAAUUUCAGGCAAAUUGUACAUGGAAUAAUUUUCUUUGGUCGUUUAUUUGGUCAUAUGAGAGGCUAAAGCAUGUUGUACAUACGCAUAUAUUCAAAUAACGUUGGACUGUUGGAAUGUA